CGGACGUCACUAUCAACGUACAAGUAUGGUGAUGGUUCCGAGUUUACGAAUUAGCAAAUUGUACCUUUAAACAUCCCGGGCCUGAUACAAGCUUAUCGAGCACCUCAUAUCUACAAACGAUCCGGUACUGCCUUCAUACCAUAAACACUGCCUGCAGGGGCUUCGAGACACGAGCAGCCAAUCCGCACCCAUGGGUUACUCAAUUCUCAUGCAUACCCUAUUACGCAGAGACGACAGCCAGCAAACAGGGCCAUCAGCAGCUGUUUGGGUACCCAUAGUGCUUGUCAUUGUGUGCCUCGUGGCGUUCUCUGUUUGGAGAUGCCGACAGAGAGACAGAAAGGCACUCCGUAAUGAGGCACAGUCGGGCAUUUAGUCAAAUAAUGUGAUGGAUAUAACACCAGUCAUCGGCCUGGGAGCUGAGGACACACCCGUGGUCAUCAACAGGCGGGACAUGGCGCCU